CCCGAUUAAGAACUCAGAACUUCUCACCUAAUAGCAUGCAUCACCGAUCCCAGAUGUUUAGGAGCAAACGUAUUCAAUUUGUAAUCUGGUUUCUUAUCCGGUCUCACCUCUGAUGUCACAUGCAUAGGAGCCCAAUCCUAUGCCCCUACGUAUUCACUUCGGUUACUCCGGUGAGUCUCAAACCGAUCCAGGUUGGGCUUGGAGGGAGAUCUAUGGAGACAAGUUGUUGUAUGACACUUCUGCUGGGCUGGAAGGCGUGGAGGACGGCGAGGAGGUAUGCUCAGCAGUGGCGGAAGGAACACGAAAACAUGCACUGGCCAUGGUUGACCAUGACACUUUUAAAGGUUCUUUCGCUUCAUCUUCUAGUUGUGAACUGUUUGCGGGUGACAAGGGGCUGAAAUCAACCACAUCCAAGGGCAAGUCGUUGAGAUCAAAGGAGAGUGCAAAAGGAAGUGGCAGUGAAGCCACAUACUGUUCUUGACCUGUGUCCAUUGAAUCCUUGUAUUGAAUACUAAUCACUUGUAAUGAAUGUGGUGUAUAUAUAGAUGUAGACCAUUGGUAGAUUAGAAAGUGCAAAAACUUUUGAAGUUUAAUUUUGGAGGGAGUUUCAAUUUUUUGGCAACCAAAUUGUCUUGGAAGAAAAUUGGUAUGCAUUGUAGCGUACCAUCUUGUCUAAUUAGACAUUGUACUUUAAUGCCUAGGAUGUUUUUACUUAGACUAUAAUUUG